UUGGGUGUUUGUGUUAGGUGUUCAGAACUGAAGUGACGAGUCAAAAUCAAAAUGCGUUCCAUAUUUGUGUGUUUGACUAUUAUCGCUGCUGUUGCAGCUGUACCAAGGAACCCGCAGCGUAUAGUUGGUGGUUCAGUGACUACUAUCAAUACUUACCCUGAGAUCGCUUCUCUCUUGUAUUCAUGGAAUGGUGUAUCAUUCAGCCAAUCCUGCGGAGGAUCCAUCCUUAACUACAGAUCUGUCUUGUCUGCUGCUCACUGCUUUAUUGGCGAUCCAGCUAAUAGAUGGCGAGUUCGCGUUGGCUCCACAUAUGCUAACAGUGGUGGUAUUAUCCACAAUGUUGCUGCCAUCUUAAACCAUCCGUACUACAAUUCAUAUAAUGCAGACAGUGACAUCUCCAUCCUGCGUACCGUCUCAAACAUUGUAUACAGCAACGUCAUCCAACCUGCGAGUAUAGCUAGUGCCAACUACAACCUUGCCGACAAUCAAAUCGUUUGGGCAGCCGGAUGGGGUGCCAUAUCUUACGGUGGACCUGGUUCGGAACAACUUCGACAUGUGCAAAUAUGGACCAUCAACCAAGUGACAUGCAGGAACCGUUAUUCAGAGCUCGGCCUCGUUGUCACCGACAACAUGUUAUGCUCCGGCUGGUUGGAUGUCGGCGGUCGCGACCAGUGCCAGGGUGACUCCGGGGGUCCUCUCUACCAUAACAGAGUCGUGGUUGGCGUUUGUUCUUGGGGUGUGCAGUGCGCUCUCCCGCGCUACCCUGGUGUCAAUGCUCGAGUCUCGCGCUUUACUGCUUGGAUACAAGGAAAUGCUUAAAUUAUAAUAUUUUAACACCUGUCUAGUCUGAAGUUAUUGUUAGUAAUAAAGUAUUAUAUAUUAUUUAACAGUUAAAAAUAAUGUUUAAGACUUAUUAAAUAUACAAUUGUUUUGAUUUUAUA